AGGACGUCUACUCAAGUUUUUUCCCCACCCCCGGGUUUCUUCUGCAGAUAGUUUUACUGUCGGGAUCUUUAUGGUCGAGUCUCAACGGAGAGGAACGUGGAGGAAGACUUUUAGUAAAUUUGUGCUCAAAGAUAUGGUCGGAGAUUAUUCUUUUUCAGGAGACAGUACGGAUAUGCACUCUCAAAGAAACGUGAAAAGUGGAUUAAGUUGUAAAAUGGUACUUCAGGCAGUGGGCAAAGUCUUAAGGAAGUCCAAGACGAAGCCCAAUGGGAAGAAGGCCCCUGCAGAGGAGAAGAAGCAGUACCUGGAGCUGGAGUUCACCAAAGUACGCGUCGUCGACUUCGACCUCAAAGAGCUGGUGGUCCUGCCCAGAGAGAUCGACCUGAACGAAUGGCUCGCCAGCAACACAACCACCUUCUUCAAUCUUAUAAACCUGCAGUACAGCACCAUCUCAGAGUUCUGCACUGGGGAGACAUGUCAAGCCAUGACCGCCUGCAGCACAAUAUACUACUGGUAUGACGAAAGGGGGAAGAAGACCAAGUGCACAGCUCCGCAGUACGUGGACUUCGUCAUGAGUCUAGUGCAGAAACUGGUUACAGAUGAGGACAUCUUUCCCACAAAAUACGGCAAAGAGUUCCCCAACUCAUUUGAUUCUUUGAUAAAGAAGAUCUGCCGGUUCCUGUUCCACGUGCUGGCUCAUCUGUACUGGGCCCACUUUAAGGAGACGGUGUCCCUGGACCUCCAAGGACACUUGAACACUCUCUAUGCACAUUUCAUUGUUUUCGUACGGGAAUUCAACCUGGUGGACCCCAAGGAGACCUGUAUCAUGGACGACCUGUCCGAGGUCCUGUGUGCCCCCGCCCCGCCCCCACCCCCGGCCCCCUCCAGCCCCCCUUCGUCCCCAUCCCCUUCCCCACAGAACCAUGUGACGGAGAGAUGAGCAGGGUGUGACAUGAGGAACCAUGACUGGAGAAGAUGGAAGAUGAGAUGGAGGAACAGCGGC